AUGUUCAAUGGCACAGGCGUCGAUAUUUUUGUUCGCUGCGCAGAAACCACCUACCACUGCAAUCGCACGCUACGCGGUGAAGAAUUGUUCUUAAUUAAUAGCACAAACGAAGCCGUUCCCGCCGAUUGUGAAAAAGAGACAUACAGCCUACAGCCUUCCUGGUUCAGUGGACUGCUGGCGAUGCCUGGCUUGACCGAACUUAGUGGAAUCAGUAUUAUACCCUAUUAUAACCAUGGUCCUCACAAAAUUACCAGCAUUGAGCUACCAGACCUUGUUAAUAUCACGGGGGGUAUCUCCAUCAUCGAUGCCGAUUCGAUCUCGAAUUUCAGCGUACCGAAGCUCAAACAUAUCGAUGGAAUCCUGGAACUCAACUUCACGGGAGGGCCGGCCAUAGAUUUUCAUUACACUGGUACUAAAGGUAUGGGUCGCUCUGGCUACUCUGGCUAUUCAAGCUAUUCGAUUAGUAUCGACUCGAGUGGAAAUCUCGAUUGCAAUGCUUUUGCAGCGAGCGUCGUAAACUCGACUGGCUACGAAAGAAACGGCGUAUCGUGUACUUCAAAGAAGGGAAGCAUUACCCUCACCCAGCCCAAGCCUGAGGUCACUAGUACUGCAUUUAGGAUUCACGGUGGGGGUUUCCUGGCUUUGAUAGCUCUUCUAGCGUAUAUAUUGGCGCUGUAA